AUGGAAUCUCCAUUUCCGGCCGGUUCAAUUAAUUUUUCUUUUGAACUUCUUCCUUAUAUUUAUUUUAAUGUAGCAUUUGUUAUAAUUGCAUAUCCAUUGUAUAGGAUUGUAGGAGGAAUUUUUAAUUGGGAAUUAGAUAAAAAAACACCCGCAAACCUCUUUAGUGAUAUGAUGGCAUUAGUCAGAUAUGGGUUUAUCGUAUUUGUUAUUGGUGGAUAUGCAAGAACGUUCAACUGGAUUAUGAUUUUAUCAUUUUAUAUCGCAUUAUUUGGAUAUGCCUUAUUAGCAGAACUUCCAUUUGCGAAACAAUCAUUACUGACACGGAAUAAUUGGCCAGUACGAAUGUGGAUAUUAUUCAUCAUUGCAGUUUUUGCCGUAUUAUUGAUGGCAGGAUUUCAUAUAUAUUUAAUUAUAUAUCAAAAUGAAUCUAGCUCAAAAGAUAAUAUACCUAUAGCCUUGUAUUUAGGAUGUCUAAUAAUACCUUUAAUAUUAAUGACCUUUGGUUAUAUUUUUAAACAAGAACAAAACACGAGAUUUUUAACAAAAGCUUAUUUAAAUGUUAUAAGAAUCUUUAAACGAAGACCACGAAUACCAUCAGAAAAUGAGAAUCAACAGUCACAACUUGAUACCGAAGCUCUAGUGCAAGUUCAACCUUUUGGAAAAAUUGCAAGAAUUCAUAUACAUCAUUGGCAAAUCUUUUAUACUUUUGCUUUUUUUACUAGAUUUGAUCAUCCCGUCUCUCAAGUUGCUGGUGGUAUAAGUUUAGGAAUUUAUACCCAAGGAAUUGGAGCAUAUGGACCUGAUGAUUUUCUGGAAGAAAUCUGA